AUGGAAACCAAACAACCCAACGGGAGUGCUCCUAGUGCCGAAAAUGAUAUCGUACCAGCAGCCGCUUUGUUGACAGCUUCAAGAAGUGGAAAUUUGAAAAAUAUUGAAUAUUUUUUACACCAUGACUACGAUGUUAAUAUUUGCGAUAAAAACAACGAAACACCACUAUACAUAGCGUGUAAAUCGGGACACAUCGAGAUAGUCAAACUUCUCUUGAAGAACAAAUGUAAAACAAAUAUCCUUAAUAAGAACGACCAAACAGCUAUGCAUGAAGCUGCGAGAAAAGGAUUUACUGAAAUAGUUCUUCUAUUAUUGAAAUAUAAAAUACACAAGUGUGACCUUGACAUACUUAACAAGAAAAGUGAAACGCCAUUGUUCAUGGCUUCCAUAUUGGGCCAUAGUGAAAUUGUAAAAUUACUGUUGCAAUAUAAAUGUGAUCCUAAUUUAGCUAACUGGAAUAAUGAUACUCCUUUGCAUGUAGCUGUAACGGAGGGUUACACGGAGGUCGUUGGACAUUUAUUGAAAUACAAAUGUAACCCAGAUAUCAUGAACAACCAAAACGAAACACCUUUAUACAUAGCCUCAUUUUUAGGGUUUUCCGAAAUAGUGAAGCUGUUUUUAGAACACAAUGGUAAUCCGACAGUACCUCAUGCCAAAUCUCCAUUGAAGGCGGCCUCAACCGAGUGCCAUCACGACGUUGUUGAAUUAUUGACAAACUAUCGUCCUCCAUCUUGUAAAUCGUUUGUCUGUAGCAUUCUAUGA